AUGCCAUAUUCCUCCUCGUCGGGGGCCACCGGCAGAGUCCGCGCCGCAGGAGGGGGCGUCGUCCCCGGCCCCGCGCUGCCCGCGCGCUCGCGGGUCGGGACGCAGGGACAGCGGCUGCUCCCGGACACACCGCCCCCUGGGCUGUGGCGCUGCCCCUUGGGUCUCCGCCGCACGCAACUUUCCACCACGCAGCGCCCCAACUCCUCCUUUCUCCCCUCCAACACCGCCCCUGGCCCCUUCGGCUGCUCCUGCCGGGACCGGCGACUCUCUCUUCGCGGGAGACACUGGAGUAAUUCGGGAAGGUGUACGUGGUUCUUUUUGGCAGGUGAAGGCCGCAGUCUGCCUGCCUCGUUGAUUCAUCAUUUCUGGAGAGCGAAUGGACUGACAUACAUAGAGGAAUGUCACAGAAGUGUUAAGAUAAGCAAAAUGAAAUGGUCUCAGGUGUGGAAGGUCACCUAGGACAUCUUCUGUCCCAGUGAAGCAAAUCUUCCUACAGCAUUGACAAGUGAGAAGCAGUAUGGGUGAGAACUCAGUCUCUGGACAGAAGACAGAUGUGCUUCCUGCCUUUUACCAAUUUUGUGACUUUGGGCAAAUUACUUAACCUCUCUGGGCUUCGGGCCCUUCAUUUAAGAAUGAUGACAGGGCCAGCCCCGUGGCUUAGCCAUUAAGUGUGCGCGCUCCGCUACUGGCGGCUCAGGUUCGGAUCCCGGGCACGCGCUGACUCACUGCUUCUCCGGCCAUGCUGAGGCUGUGUCCCACAUACAGCAACUAGAAGGAUGUGCAACUAUGACAUACAACUAUCUACUGGGGCUUUGGAGAAUUAAAAAAAGGAGGAGGAUUGGCAAUAGAUGUUAGCUCAGAGCCGGUCUUCCUCGGCAAAAAGAGGAGGAUUAGCAUGGAUGUUAGCUCAGGGCUGAUCUUCCUCACAAAAAAAUAAAUGAAUAAAUAAAACAGUUAAAAAAAAAAAAAGAAUGAUGACAAAAGAGAUCUCAUCUCUUAGGGCCACUGUGAGUAUUAAAUAAGAAAAGCAGAGAGAGUGGAAUAAUUCCUUGCCAAUAGUAACCACUAAUAAAUAUUAGCUAUUACUAGUACGUCCUUGAUAAAUGUCUUCCAGACUCUAUUUCAGUACCAUCAGUGUUGGGGAAGAUGACUACUUUUUUGAGUCAAUCAGUUUUUUUUGAAGACACAUUGUUCACCUGCUGUAAAGAUGCUUUAUAAUUAGCCUAAACCUGCUUCCUUAUAGCUUCUAUCCACUGGUCCCCAGUGUUUAGUUGGAGAAACAUAGAGUAUAUAUGUGCUAUUAUGGACUGAACAUUUGUGUCCUCCCCCAAAUUCUCAUGUUGAAGCUCUAACCCUCAGUGUGAUGGUAUUCAGAGAUGGAGCUUUUGGGGAGAUAAUUAAAUUUAGAUGAGAUCGUGAGAGUGGUCCCUCAUGAUGGGAUUAGUACCCUAAAAAGAAGAGGAAGAGACAAGAGAGCUCUCUCUCCAUGAGCAGGCACUGAGGAAAGACCAUGUGAACACACAGGAAAAUGGCAGCCAGUGCAAACCAGGAAGAGAGCCUUCACCAAGAACCAAAUCUGCUGGCACCUUGGGCUUAGACUUCCCGGCCUGUGGAACUGUCAGAAAUAAACAUCUGUUGUUGACGCCACUCAGUCUAUGGUAUUUUGUUAUAGUAGCCCAAGCCGAUUUGUGCCCUCUCAUUCAUAAGGAAACAUUUAAAAUUUCUGAACACAAUUAUUAUAGCCCAUCUACAUCUUCUCCAUUUCAGGCUAAGAUUUUCCAAUUCCUUCAACUAUUGCUCAUCUGUAGUGGUUUCCCACCCCAUCACCGACUGACUGCUUUCCUCAUGAUGACGUCUAAUUGACCUACGUUCCUCUUCAAAAGCUGCAUAUGAAUAAGAUGCAAUAGCCUACUCAUUGUUUAACUAAUACAAAUUACAGGGGAGAUAUUAUCUCCCAGGAUCUGGACAUUCUAUUCUUAAUGUCCAGGUGAGAUCUCAUUAGAUUUUUUGGCAACCAUGUCACAUGGUUGGAGGCAUGUCUAGCUUGUCAGCCACAAGUUAAAAACGAAGUAAGAACUUCAGGUCUUUUUCACAUGAAGCACUAAUAAUCUAGUCUGCCCUGUUCUGUAAAUGAGUAACUAAGAGCGUGUCUAACGGCAGGGUUUAACAUUUAUUCUUGUUAAGUCACACUAAAGGAACUUCUGGAGACAAUGCCUUCAACCUGUUGUUCUCAACCUUUUUCCCCUCUCAAUACACAUUAACGAAGGUAUUCGCAUGAAAUACAAAUGCCCUUGGGCACACCCAUGAUUAUUUGAAAUUUCCAUCUGCCAGUUUUAACUCCACCCUUUACUCUUCUGAGCAAAAAAGCAUAUCAGAAUUUGAGUGAGUAAACCAAAGAACUAAAUGUGAAAAGCAAUAGCCUAAAGCUUUUGAAAGAUUACAUAGGUUAAUAUCUGCACGAUAUUAGGGAAGAAAAGAAUUUCUUACACAAUGUCAAAAAGCAAGCAGGCAGGCACAAAUAAUAAAGGAAGAAGCUGAGACAUUCGAUUUCAUUAAAACAAAAAACAUUACCAAUCGCCAUCAACAGAAUGAAAGAUAUUUGCAACACAUAUAUUCCACCAAGGACUAGUAUGUUUCUCCAAAUUAUAAAGAAUUCUUCAAAUUAUUACAGAGAAAAGCAAUUAAUAAAGAUAUGGGCAAAAGACUUAAAUAUGUAUUUCACAGAAGAAGAAACCCAAUGGAACAAAAAUUAUAUGAAAAAAAUUAACAAUAGUAAUCAGGGAAAUGUAACUUAAACUCAAUGAGCUAGCACUUGAUACCCACUAAGGUUAUAAAAGUUAAAAUGACUGACAAAUAUCAAACGUGAGGGAGGAGUUACAGUAAUGGGGACUCUCAUACUCUACUAGUGGGGGCGCCUACUGAUACAACCAGUUUGGAAAAGCUUUUGGCAUAACCUAGUCAAAUUAAACAUGUUCGUAUGCUAUAUAUUACACAGGAUAGAUGCCAAGACGCUGUAAAACAAAAUCCCAGUGGUAUUUGCCUCUCAUAUAACAGUUUCAAGUGAAUGGUCCAGAUUUGGGGAUGGCCUCUUCCACGGUCAUUUGAAGAUUCUUCUGUCUCAUUAGUCGGCCCUUUCUUUGGCCAUUGUCCAUGUUUGCGCGGUCUAUAAACCAGAUUGCAGGCACAUCAGUGUUGCAGAGUGUGGGAAGGGGAAUGAGAGCAUAGAGGAGCACACAUCCAAUUUUUAAAAGACUAGACCAGGAAGUGUCCUACUUCUUUUCCACUCUGACACCGUUGGCAAGAACUUAGUCACAUGGCCACAACGGCUGUAAGAAGGCUGGGAAAUGUCUUCGAUAGUCCUCUAUUUUUAUAAAAUGAGAAGAGAGUGGAUAGUUAUGAACAACUUCCACCAUACUCUAUGACACAGCAAUUCUACUCUAUACCCUAGAGACUAGUUUCUAAAUGUGCACCAAGUGACAUUGUAGGAGAAUAUUUAUAGCAGCAUUGUUUUAGUAACAAGAAACCUGGAAAUAAUUCAAUUAUCCAUCAACAAUGGACAGAAUACAUGAAUUGAGGUGUGCAAUGGAAUACUGUAUGUCACAAAAACAAACUAACGCUACACAUCAACAUAGACUAAUGUCACAGCAAUGCUGAAAAAGUAAGCAAGUCACAGAAUAUAUGCAGGAUAAUUUCUUUUAUAUAAUAAGUUAAAAAAAGGGCAAAAGUUAAAAAAUACAAUGUUUAGAGAUACCUACAUGGGUGGCAAACUGAAUUAAAAAAAGAGAACAAGGGGCCGACCUGGUGAGGUAGUGGUUAAGUUCACAUGCUCCGCUUUGGUGGCCCAGGGUUCGCAGAUUUGGAUCACAUGAGCGGACCUAUGCACCGCUUAUCAAGCCAUGCUGUGGCAGCAUCCCACGUAUAAAGUAGAGGAAGAUGGGCAUGGAUAUUGGCCCAGGGCCAAUCUUCCUCAGCAAAAAGAGGAGGAUUGGCGACGGAUGUUAGAUCAGGGCUAGUCUUCCUCACCAAAAAAAAAAAAAAAGAGAGAGAGAGAGAACAAAAUCUCAAAAGUCAAGAUAAUGAGUCUUUUGUGCAGAAGUAAGGGGAAGAGAUUGGGAAAAAGCACUCAAUAGUACUGACAUGGCUCUAUUUCUUAAUUGGGUGAUGAUUACAUGAGUUUCCUCUUUCCUGUGUAUAUGUUAAACAACAAAACCUGUCCUGAAAAAAGCAAAUUUAGAAAGUAAUUUUUAAAAUUUUGUGUUUUAAGUAUAUAAGUAACAAAUUAUUUGUGACAGGUAGUUUGCAACACAUGUGUCAAGACAACAUAAUCAUUGUUGUACCCAGAGGAUGGAAUCGUAGAGGGAAUUUCAGCCAUUCUGGGACAGACUUCAGGGAAGACACUUUGAAGAUGUUGGGGAAUGAGUGCCACUUGAUCGUAUAACACAGGCUUCAUCCUUUUCUGUCCUCUGGGUAGUCAACUCAUUCUGUGCCCACCUGUAUGGAAGUCAUGCAACAGGGCACGAACUCCGUGCAAAGCAUUUAACCCCAAUUCUGAUUUUAACAAGUAACAAGCCCAUUUCAGUGUUCUCACCAAUUCCCUCAGUGCAGCACAGUGAUGAGAAUAUGGGUCUAGAAUCAGGGUGCUUGGGUUAAAAUCCUGGUUCUGCCCUGUAACCACAGACCAUCUUCUUCACAUCACUAAGUCUCCAUUUCUUUGUGUAUAAAAUGGGAAUUUUAAUAGUAUCUAUUUUGUAGGGUUAUUGUAGUGGUUAAAAAUAUAAUAUAUAAUUAUUUCACACAUGCCUAUUAUAUAGUACGUGCCUAAAAAUGUUAAGUUAAAAAAUACAAUGAUAGAAACAUUUUUUUCAGUUAGCAAUUGGUUAAUACCAAGAAAUGUACAAAUGUAACACACUGUCUGGCCAAAUACAGAGUCUUUUUAAAUUUGUUACAUAUGUGCAAAAACUAGUUCCAACAUGCAAUAGCCCUCGCAUGUAGUGGGCACUCAAUAAAUCUUAGCUUCCUUUUAUUUUAAGAUAUUUGGAAGCUUUGUCCUGAUUCUUUCACUAUGUUAUUAUUCAUGAAUUUACUAAUUAGAGUCACAGUUGUAAUUAGGAGGGAGAAUAUGCUACAACAGAAAGUCAAUCUCUCCAGAGUGUCGUAAAUUUUUGUUCUGUAAUUUUUGCUUGUGUGUGGAGGUCAGACUCCCAAGGGGUCAAAGAUGUAAAAUAAAGUAAUGUAAAAUUAAAUGGGAUAACUACUUGUAAACUUCUAGUACUGUAAUGAUGUAUAACAGAAAGUUCAAACACUUGAAUAUUCUUUUCCUCAUUUGGAGUUGCUUUAGAUGCUGUAUAAAACACUAAAAUAAAUCCUUAAUACAUCUGU